AUGGACGUGAUGUUACUAGAGGCGUUACAAGUCAAUAAUCCGUUCACGGCUAAGCACGGGACGAGACUUCAGAUGUGGCAAAAUGUGGCUGAAUCCGUGGGAGUCCAAGGGUUUAAAAACCCAGCAGCUUUUUCAUGGCACACAUGUCGUGAUCGCGUGACGGCGCUUAUGAAAAUGUAUACUGAUGGUAAACACGACAAACUAUUUAAACACGGGACAAUGGAAGAAAACUCUCGAAAAGAGGCUAUUUUACGUGAGAUCAACGACACAUUGAUUAGAAAGAAUCACAAGAUGGCAGGACAGAUGACGGUUGAUGGUAAUGGCAAAGAGACGACUAUUGGGACUAAAAGUGAAAGUGGAGAGCUCCAUCCUUCGUCUACUUCAUCAUCUCCGACAUUACCGCAGAAACGGCAGAAAUUGGACACUCCUUUGGAUGUCAAAACCAUUUCUGUUGCAUCAUCCGAUGUCCAAUCCAGUAGUAAUAGUGAUAACUUCCGCACACGAAUUUUAGAGCUGAUUGAGAGAAAGAUUCAAUUUGAUAUGGAUCAGCGUCAGAAGGAGACGGAACUUCGGGAACAGGAAAUUGAGUUGCAGAAGCGGUUACUCGAGUAUUUACAGUCGAAAUUGGGUGGCGAGAAUGGGUUUCAAGGUGAUAUCGAGCGAUGA